GAUCAACGCGCGAAGAAAAAAAUGUUUUGUGAGGAUUUCUCUUAUAAAAAUGCAUAAAAAGCCACGCUUGGAGAAAGGGCCCCAUGAGUGUGAAACUUGUGGAAAAGAAUUUUUUACUCCACGUAAGCUUAAGGAUCAUUUGCGUCACAUUUGUAAAAAAAGAUUCGCAGACGACCAUAAAAUGAAACUGCACACAGCCACUCACGUCGAAAAUGACAGACCUUAUAAGUGUUCAGUUUGUGCCAAAGCUUUCAUGAACUCUUCCCAUUUAAAACUCCAUGAGCAAAGUCACUUAGAAGUGAAACCCUUUCAAUGUGAUAUUUGCAAGAAAGGCUUCUUAAGGAAAAGUGAUUUAAAACUACAUAUAUUGGUCCACGAAAACAAAAAACUUUUUUCAUGUGACAUUUGCUCCAAAGAUUUUGUUACGAAUUCUGUUCUAAAAAAGCAUAAAAAUGUACACUUGAUGAAAAAACACUACAUUUGUAAAAUCUGUGGAAAAAGAUGUGUCAAUGCCAAUAACCUUAGCAUUCACAUACAAAGUCAUAAUGGAGAAAAGCAGCUCGAGUGCAGUAUUUGUAAGAAAACAUUCAAAAACUAUUACACUAUGAAAUUGCAUAUAGUUACUCAUAUGGAAAGUGGUGAAAGGUACAAAUGUCCAGUUUGUGCGAAAGAUUUUGUAAAGUUCGGCAGUUUACAAUACCACAUGCAAAAUCAUGCAGAGAUUAAGCCAUUUGAAUGUGAUAUUUGUAAGAAGGGAUAUUUAAGAAAAGGUUAUUUAACGAACCACAUGCGGAUACACGAAAACAAAAAACCUUUCGCCUGUGACACAUGUUUGAAAACUUUUGUAAGUAUGUCUCUUCUAAAAAAACAUCAGAAAACGCACUCGGAAAAAAAGCCCUACGGAUGUAACACCUGCGGGAAAAGUUUUAUCAGCAGAACUGCGCUUCGUGUUCAUAUGAUUCGUCAUACUGAAGAAAUGCCUUUUGAGUGCGAUAUUUGUAAGAAAAAAUUCAAGAAACAUGUAACAAUGAAAUAUCACAUAAUAGAUCAUAUGGGAGUGGGCAAACCAUACAAGUGCCCACUGUGUACAAAAUCAUUUUCGAGAUCAUCGUAUUUAAGUGCCCACACACAAAGGCACAAGGGGGUUAAAUCAAGCUGUGAAUUUGAAUGCGAUAUUUGCAAAAAGACGUUUUUAGCCAAGGCUUCUGUAAAAUCACACAUGCUUAUCCACGAGGACAGAAAAUCUUUUGUUUGUGAUAUUUGCUCGAAAAGUUUUGCGAAGAAAACUUAUCUGAAUGUUCAUAAGAAGCUGCACUUGGAUAAAAAACCGCAUGAAUGUCCAGUUUGUGCGAAGGGUUUCGUGAAAGUGUAUCAUUUACAAGUCCACGUGCGAAUCCACUCAGGAGUUAAACCCCACAAAUGUGAAAUUUGCAAGAAGAGUUUUUUAAGAAAGGAUGGUUUAAAAGCACACAUGCUUACGCACAAAAAGCUACACAUUUUUUCUUGCGGCGUUUGUUCCAACAAUUAUGUGAAGAUAUCUGACUUGAAUGAUCAUAUGAAAACGCAUAACGAACCCUCCGGGUGCGAAAUCUCUACGGGAACCUAUAUUACUAGAAGUCACACUAGAAAAAGGGAGUUUGAAUGCGAUAUUUGCAAACAAAAAUUCAAGAAACGUGAGACAAUGAAACAACACAUAAUGGCCCAUAUGAGUGAUUGUAAAGGUUAUAUGUGUCCUGUGUGUAAAAAAUGUUUUACGCGAUCGUACAAUUUAAAUAAACACAGGCUCAUCCAUAAAGAUAAAAAGGAAUCAGAAGCCCACAACUGUGAAACCUGUGGAAAAAGAUUUAUUGGUACACAGAAGUUUAACAAUCAUAUGCGCAGCCACACCGAUGAUAAGCCUUUUAAGUGUGAUAUUUGUGAAAAACAGUUCAGAUACGAACAUUACUUAAGGUUUCACAAAGUAAGUCAUAAGAAAAGUAAAACUAAGAAGUUUCGGAAUAAACAACCUGUUUUUGAUUCUGUUCUGUGCAAGACUUACGAGGAGAAAAUGAAAGAUAAUCUACAGGGUUAUAGCAACGCAGAUAAUAGUUUUGAUCAGAAUUUGUUUGGACAUAAUAUAGUUAGCACUUUCAAUUCAGAACUGAGGAGUGAAGUGCAAGAGCAAGCGAACUAUAUUUUACCGCACAUUAAAACUGAACUGGAUGAUACAUUAGAUUCAAAUUUCGGAAUAGAAUUUGAAGCAGUGAAGCACGAGCAAAAUAAUGUAGUUAGUGUAAAAACUGAAAUUACGAGUCAAGUGCGAGAUCAAGAGAACAGUAAUUUGGAAAUUUGGCAGGAAAUCAGUCUUGAAUCAAAGACAGAAAAUCCAAACUGUAUUUUCUUUCCAGUGAAAACAGAGCUUGAAGAUAUAAAGCCGGAAAUUUAAGUGAUGGAAUACAAUUAAUGAAAUACAGAUAUUUUUAUUUUGCGCAGAAACUAGUAUUGUUUAGCAACACAGUGAUCACUUUUGCACAAAUUUAUUUUUCAAGUCAAAUGUUUGAUACUUUGACUUCUAUUUGUAGCUAUAAAUAACUUUUAUAAUUGGAUGAAAAC